AUGAAGAGAGACUAUUAUGGGCAUCCAGAGAAGAUUGUUAUUCUGACAGAAUUCCUCUGCAUUCUGAUCAGCAUUCUGGAGAUUCUAGAUGACAAGGCAUGCAUCUGCUGCUAUAAGCAGAUGAACAAGACUACAUACACCUACUGUCUGGUGUGCAGAGAUGUCCAGAUUGAAAGCAACAUUCUUGACUGGCAGGCAAUGCAGAAGAGUUUCAAUGAACUGGUGAUGUUACUGCAGAGAGAGGCUGGCAUAGUUCAAGACAUGAUUAAUCUGAAUACAAUGAUUCAUUCUGCAGAGUUGAAUAGAUUAGUAGUUAGAUCCAAUCAAACAUCCUACCAAAUGUGUGCCAGCAUAUCCUCUGAUGCUAUCAACUGUUGGUAUGGUGCCCAUGGCCUUUCAUUCAAGAAGAAGAAUCCUCUCACUCAGAGAUGUGUCUGA